AUGGGGAAGAGAGUAUACGAUCCAAUCCAUGAUACUUUCCAACUGCGAGAAGACAAACCUGAUGAAACAAAAGCAGGUUCUCCAAUGCAUUCUGCAGAUUCUGGAGAUAAUGAUGAAGCAUCUCCAGGCUCCAUUCAGUCAGGAACCGAGACUGUGACUACCAAAAGCGUUCCAGUUAUUCAUGAGAUUGAAAUCGACGAUAAAAAUGAUGAUGAUUCCACGCAAAGUGAAGAAGAAAAUACCAACAUCCUGCUCAACUUUGAACCUUCUAUGGUGCCUGAAGCAACAGGAGCGGGAGCGACAACAGGGCCAGUUACAACAAACACUGUUAGAAGGAAGCCCAAAGAAAGCAAUUCGAGUAAAUAUAAUCGACAUUUGAAGAAACCUGACGGCGAGCCAUUCAAUAGGAAGGAUAUUCAGUUCAGUUUCAUGCAAGAACUUUUGAUGGAUAAAAGACAAAUUUUCACCAAUGUUUUAAAGCCCUUAUACAAGAACUCUAUUGUGCCCAUUAACAUUGAUGGCGAUAAAGUAUCAAUCAAUGUGACCGACAAAGAGUACGAUGCAAGGACAUUUGUGUUCAACGAUAAAUUGACGUUCGCGCAAUUGUAUGUAUUGACAAUAGCAACUUCUAUCAAAUGUUCCAAAAUCCUCAGAGAUAAACUGUUAUUGGACCAACAAGUGGCAUUUUCUACUUGUGUUUUAGCGUUAUUGGUCAACAUUGGCAGGUUGAACACCACUAUAAAUUUUUACUUAGAAAUGACGUCGCAAUUGAGAACUUUCCACUCCGUGCCUGUUUUACAAUUGCAUGCCAAUGAUCCAAAACUUUUGCAAGAUACACCUAGAUUGAAAUCUAUUCUAAAAAAUCUACCGUGGGGCAACGAGCAGCUUUCAUUGAUGGAAAACUACGAAAAGGUCGACAAAAAUGAUGGCGAAGUGGACAUCGUUAAUAAAUUUAACAUUAUUAAUAUGCUAUUUAGCAUAUGCGACAGUUUCAGCCUGAUUGACAAAAGAUUUCUAUCUAAAUAUGUAGAAAUUGAACCGAAAGAUCGUGCGACGCGCAAAGCUCAAGAGCAAGACACGGUAGACGAACAGAAUGAAUUGAAAGAAACGGAAGGGGAGGAUGAAAAAGAAGAAGCAAAAGCAGCUGGUGCAGCGACAUUGUUUGAUAUCCUAGACUUUUCGAAAUACGAGCCAAAGGAUAGGUCAGGCAUAUUGAUUUGGCUGUUAUAUAUUCAUUUGGAGACAAACCUAAGCCAGGAGGAGGUCGAAGAGUCAGUAAGAUCUUUCAAUGGAUUAGAAGACGGUGCAUCUUGUGGAAGGUUCACUUUGAGACGUACGGAACGCGAUUACGAUACGGACCCCGAAGACGAAUUGAAGUUCGGAGCAAGCCAACGCAUCAAGAGAAGAGAAUUUAUGAGCAAGAUGGAGGAAGGUAGGAAGCGCGAACGUAUCAAUGCCACAGAGGUGAAAAAAGUCAACACCGAUGACAAGAGUGAAGAGGACGAUGAGGGAGAAGAUAUCAAGAGUGAAGAGACUGUAGAGGAAACCAGAUCACUUUUAACGCCCACACCCAUACUGGAAUCCUCUUCACCCAUGAUAUUGAACAGGAAAAAAGUGACACCGCAACUGCCCAAAGUAACAGCAGCGGGACCAACGGAAACAGAAGAAGAAAUCGUCCCCGCGACCAUUAUUGACAAGAACGAUCUAAAUCUAACACCAUUGAAAAAGUACAAUAGCUCAGCCACAGUAAACAAAGUCGACAAGCUAAUAUCACUGGACCUAAACAAGCACGUGUCAGAAAAUGGUAAGACACAAGAGGAGUUUCUCGCCGACUUGAAAAAAUCCCAGGUGCCCAACAGGUUGAAAAGACGCGAUAUCGGAUUGAUCAAAAUAUUCAACGAAUUUGAAGACAUCCCUGUAGCGUCUGUGCUAGGGAUACGUGGUAAAAAGAGAAAGAAAUUUAAAGAUAAUUUGCUAGGAUUCGAAACAGAUUUCAUGAAAAAUCUCGGCGCCUCAAAGAAAGUACUUUUGAAUAGGAUCGAACAUGCGGACAUUGAUGAUGAAGAAGGAACGGCUAUGUUUAAGCUAGAGUAA